GGGGGCCCCCGCUGCUAUGAAUUUGUAAUAGCCUUUUUGGGGAGAUUGGCCCGCCCCUCUUCCCCUUUUUCCUCCCCACUCCUCAUUUUUGUUGGGGGGGGGGUUUGACUCGGAGCUGCACGCACACACAGAUCCUUCAGCAACUGGCUGGAUCUCCUCUCUCUCUUCUCCCUCCCCUCCCUCACUUCCCACCAUGACAACAAAUCCAGCAUUAGAACCGCCAUCCACCCCAUGGCCACACAGCAGGCUGCUGAUGGACGGGGAAGAGUCUUUGGUGCCUAGAUGCGCUUCCCAAAGCCCAGAGAGUAGCUGAAGCGGGACAUAGCCAAUGUCGUCCAGCAAAGGGGCAGGGGCUGGAGCUCGCCGGCGGCGGACGCGGUGCCGGAAGUGUAAAGCGUGCCUGAGAUCAGAGUGUGGGGAGUGCCAUUUCUGUAAGGACAUGAAGAAAUUUGGGGGUCCUGGACGCAUGAAGCAGUCCUGCCUGCAGAGGCAGUGCACAGCGCCAGUUCUACCUCACACAGCCGUGUGCCUGGUCUGUGGGGAGGCCGGGAAAGAGGACACAGUAGAGGGUGAAGAGGAGAAGUUCAACCUGUCACUCAUGGAGUGUACCAUUUGCAACGAGAUUGUGCAUCCAGGCUGCUUGAAGAUGGGAAUCGCUGAAGGGGUCAUCAACAACGAAAUUCCAAACUGCUGGGAAUGCCCCAAGUGCAAGAGAGAAGGCAAAUCAAUGAAAGAUUCAGGGGAUGGCACAGGGAAGCGGCGUUCGGACAAUGGUGAGGAAGGGGUCCGGUGGAAGCUGACUGAUGAGCCUGCUCAGAACAAGAAAAAGUUGCCACCAGCACCACCUUUGCCCCCGCCACCCUCUGAGGAGAGUCCGGUCCAGGCGGGUGCUCACAAGCGCAAAAAGGAACUCCCAGCCCCCGAGACGGGACCCAAGAAGAAGUUGAAAGGUACCAGGGAGAAACAUUUGAAAAAGGGUGCUGAGCAACCACUUGAUGGAAACAAAUUGGAUUCCAUGCAGACCUGGAGCCGCAUGGGCGGUGGUGACUUUGAGGUGAAGGGGGCCAUCUCCCACCCAUCUAUUCACCUCAGCCAGAUCACAGCCAGUGACUUAGAGAAACCAAAGGGACCACCCGGGCCUUUGGAGCCCUCUGCCCAGACAGACAAGUCCCAUCAGCGGGAGAAGUUGGAGCGCUUCAAGCAGAUGUGCCAGAUGUUGGAGCGGGUGAAGAACAGCAGCAGUUCCAGUUCCAGUUCAGACUCGGAUUCGGACACAGAUUCACGGGGCUCCGACGGUUCUAGCGGAGGGGUGUCGAGCCGAGCCAACUCCCCAACCACCCGUUCGCAGCGCUUGGCUGCCCUGGGCUUCAGCGCCAGUGAGGACGAGGAGGACGAGGAGGAGGACGAAGAGGAGGGUGGGCGGCGCAAUGGUGGCUCGGAGACAACACGUAACGGGAAGCAGCCCAAAGCUCGGGGGAACUCUCAGGAGAAGGAGAACAAUCAUCGCCCGUCCAGCAGGGGGAGCGAACGGGCCAAGCAGCAGGCGGGAGGCCGGAAAGCCAGCCGGCCUGCUGGACAGACAGGGCUCCGCAUGGUGGCCCGGACUCAGUUUCUGAACUGGCCUUUGGUGCCGUCCCCUCCCAAACCCCUGCUGCAGCUGGAGAGGCACGUGAUCCGGCCUCCCCCAGACAGCCCUGAACCCGACUCCCUGCCCUUGGACAGCGGUUCUGACCAUAUCAUGCAGAGGGACAUUUGGUUGGCCGUCUUCCAGUACCUCAGCUAUCGGGAGCUCUGCAUUUGCAUGAGGGUAUGCCGGACAUGGAGCCGUUGGUGCUGUGACAAGCGGCUUUGGACAUACAUUGACUUGAGCCAUCGGAAAUCUAUCACUCCCUCCAUGCUGAGCGGAAUCAUCCGACGACAGCCAGCCAGUCUUGAUCUGAGCUGGACCAACAUUUCUAAGAAGCAGCUAAUGUGGCUUCUGAACAGGUUGCAAGGCCUUAAGGAGCUCAUCCUAACAGGCUGCUCUUGGUGCUCUGUGUCGGCCCUCAGCACAGCCAACUUCCCCUCCCUACAGCUCCUAGAUUUGCGUUGGAUUGAGGAUGUCAAGGAUUCUCACCUCCGUGAGCUGCUCUUGCCUGCCACAGAUUCCAAGCCUGGCCACACAGACAGCCGGGGCCGGCUCCAGAAUGUCUCUGAACUACGGCUCUCUGGUCUGGACAUCACAGAUUCAUCUCUACGCUUGGUAAUCCGGCACACCCCUCAGCUUGCCAAACUGGACCUGAGCCACUGCAACCAUGUAGGUGACCAGUCUGUUAACCUGCUGACCGCUGCUAAUUCUCCACUCCGAGAGACACUCGCUGAACUCAACCUCACCGGAUGUAACCGGCUGACGGAUCAGUGUCUGCCCCUUUUCCGCCGCUGUCCACGCCUCUCCCGUAUCGACCUGCGUUCCUGUCACCACAUCACGACAGAGGCCUGUGCCCGAUUCGCCGAGGACUCGGUCUCCAACAGUGGCGCCGUGCCCCCCGCCCCCGGCACAUCCUCACCUCCUUUUCGUUGCCCUGAGGAGAAAUUGCUGCUGAAGGACAGCUAAUACUCGCUCUGGGGUGGAGGCGCAGAAAGACUCAGCUUCACUAAUCCGACCGUCAGAAACGGACUCUGAGAGAACCUUUUUACUUAAAGCCAUGCACUGAACCGGAGUGGCAUCUCCACCCCCUUACUUGUGCAGCAAAGAGAGUGCCGGGGAGGAGGGGGUGUCGUUCCCCCUUCCCCAGGCCUGGCCUGCUGAGGGCCAGGUGGCCUUCUGCUCAAUCCACUUGUUCCUGGACAGCCGGGGAGUAAGUGGGGUCCGAGGUAGCCUUGUCGCUUUACAAAGCUGGGGAAAUGCAUAUUCCUCCCAUCAUGCACUGCGUCGUUCCCCCUCUCCCCCCCCUCCCCCACGCUUCCAAAUGUCCUUCCGUGCCACCAUUGGUACACCCUGCUAUCUCGGGGCGGGCAGGGGAGGGUGGGAAUUGACAUCCAGCCUUGAAAUGCUGGCUCGGGAGGAAGGCAGCUUCUUCGACGGGGUCGGAUAUAUUACGUUUUUUUUUUUCCUACGCCGUUCCUCGCCCAAUGCAAAUGUGCACUCCAACCUCAUCAGUCCUUCCGCCCCUCCCACAUGCUGCCUUGAUGAUUUUUUUAAGGGUGCUUGUGUGUGCGUGCGUGUGCGUGCUUGUCAGUCUGCCCACCCAGUUCCUUUCUUCAGCUUUCUCUCUCCAGUUGUGCAUCCGCAGUGUGGUUUUCCAAGGGGGCCAAGCAAGAACCAGGCAGCUGAUAUUUACGGAUUCCUUUGCCCUGUCUUUUCCCAGCUGUGUGUCCGCUGGGUCUCCCACCUGCCUCUACCGCUGUCUCUCUUUCCCACAGCACCGGAUGGUUUCUGGAGCCAGCACAUCCAUUUGAUCUGCUUCCUGCAUCGGUGCCCGUUGUACCCCUAAUUCUCCCCUCCCCCACCAGUGGGAGGCCAGAAAACAUCUCUAAAGGUGCCCUUCCCCUUAGAUUUUCUUCUCCUAACUCUCCUUCCCAGCUGAUCCCAGUAUACAGCUGAGGCUUCCUGGGGAGAUGCAGCCCCGCCAGAUGUGGAUGCCCACACCGUGAAACACGUGCUGCUUUCUAUAUGCACAGUGUACCUGCUGCUGUCUUGUUUACGCAUUAAACCUACAUAUGCAUGCUCUCGCAAGCCACCCGUGUGGACGGAGUCCCUCACCAAGCAGAGGGGCAAGGCAGAAUACUUUGUCCAAAAGAAAGGAGUAAAUUUGGCAUGUGUGAAAGGGAGGAGCUAAACCACCUGUCUCGCUUGGCAUGCCUUGGGAUCCUUCUUUGGAGGAGAGGCCUUAACAGUCCUCUCUUCCCUCUCCCUCCAGGCCCCCUCAGGCAACGCGUCUGCUCCUCACAGUGUUUCUCAACUAUUAAGAUGGGUGGACUUCAACUCCCAGAAUCUCCCAGCCAGCAUGAAUUCUGGGAAUUGAAGUCAGCACGUCUUAAAAGUUGUUGAGGUUGAAAAACAAAAACAGAACUCUACAGUAUUCUAUCAGGCCUCUGGGUUCUUCCUGAAGGAAAUUUCCUCCCAGGCUGUUUUCAUCCCACCUUGGCAGGCUGGAUGGAUCAUGCAGCUCUUUCCAACUCUGUUGUCCCACCUUCUGUGCCCAGCGCUUUGCCCCAAGGCUUCCCAGCACUUCUCCCCAGAAAAGUCCGUUCUUCCCGUUUCUCCUCUCUUCUUCAAAUUCCUCCUUUUCGAUUCUGGACAGGAAAAGUCCUCGCAGCUUCCCAUCCGAACCUCCCUUCCCAUUCAUUGGCUUUUAUUCUUUUGGACCAUAAGCUUUAAUAACCACUUUGGGGACGGGGGGGGGGGGGGGGGGGGCUGGGGGGGGGGAAUCCUGCCUGCGUUCCUUACCCACAGUGCCAAUUAUUGUUGCGCAGGAGUUGGCCGGGCCUUCUCUUAAUUCCAGCCGCUCUCCACUGCCUCCGAAUCUCAAACUUGAAACCCCACCCCUUCCGUCCAGUUGUUCGGGUGUGCGUGCGUAUGUGUGUGUUGGGUAUGUAUGCAUGUGGGAUUCCCACCCCCCUCUCUCUUCUUUUAAAGGUGUGGGGGGGAGAGAAAUACUGUAGAAAAGAAAAGUGGUGCAAAACGAAUGUCCUGGAUCGACGCUGGGCCUUUUGUCGGUCGUUUUUGCUCCUUCUGCUUGGAGGCGGGAGCACAAUGCUGCUCUCUCCGUCCCUUUGGCCACAUCCGUCUUUGGGGUCAAGUGGGGGACUCCUUCUCUCUUAAAGGUGCCCAAUUCUGUCCAUUUCGCUUUCACUCUUUCAUUUCUUCUCUUAUCUCUGAUUUCCACCAUCCCCCCUCCUUUUUUUUUUUUUU